AUGCCGGACGAAGAUAUGGAGAUUACAACCGACCUUGGUCCUCACGGCUUUGGUGAGGAUAUCGACAUAGAUAUCGAUUUCCCCAUUGCACAGCCUGACGAGGACAUGGAGCUUGGCGAUUAUGACCAAGCGCAGGACAUCCCGAACUUCAACACGGAUACUCGCGAUGAGUUGAUGGCCGAAGGCGACGAUGCCUCGUACGGCAUGAUUGAUGCCGAUGAUAUCGACCACAACGAGGCAGCCGCGGCGGCCAACGAUAUCGGGAUUGACAUUGGGGACACCGAUGAGAAUCUCUGGCAGCACGACUCUACUCGUGACGAGGCCUUUCGCAAUACUUCUGAGAUUGACUACGCUGAGGACGCAGACACUGGCGCGGACAACAUGAACACCGAGGCUCUCGCGCCAGGUGACAGCAACUGGCAGGAGUCAUCAAUGAACCUCCUCGCAGAUUCAGUUGCUCAAGUUCAGGAUGAGUCAGUGUACCAAGAUCCUAAUGCAACAAAUGUGGCCAACGGUGGCCUACUGCCUUUAGCAAGUACAGAUGUUGCUCGAGGAGAUGGAUCUCAAGACUUUGGGGUAUCCCAACAUGGCGAGGAUGCAGCCGAGGCCUCUGGCAUUAUUGGCACAGAAGCCAGCGCGUCGUCCGGGCAGCAGGAACAGCUAGGCCAAACAGCUGAAGGUACUGCGGAAAUCCCAGAAAGCGGAAGUCCUGACAGCCAUCAAGCCAAAGGCACCGACGAGCUGCCCUCCAUCAGAGACACCAGUCCUACCCAUGAAAUGCCCAAAUCUGGGAACCAGGCAGAAGAACAAGCCGUCCACCAUCACGAUGAAGUUGGCGAGACUGAGUAUGACGAUACUGAUGGUGACAUUGCUACUGCAAAAGCGGAAGAAUUGGACCCCACCGUGCCUUUGGAGCAAGAUCUGGUAGACGGAGAAGAUGCUGAGCCACAAGAGCACGAUGGACAGGACGGAGCUACGACCGAUUAUAAUGCUCCGGAAGAUUCAGCUGGGGCCUCAUACCCCGAGCUCACCAAUGACCAAACCCCCCUAGAUGAAAGUUCCUCCACGGACCAACUGCGCGAUGCCAAAGCCCCUGGAAGCCCGGCAGCUCGCUUAGAGCCCGAGGUUGAGGACUUACAUCCUUCACCACCAGCCGGACAACAGGGUGCAGGCUCCGCUGCUGGCAACUCCCCCGUAGAAGCUGCAACUUCGAUCGCGAUUCGGCAUGAGAUGUAUAUUUCAUAUGGCCAAACGGAUUACAAACUCUUCGCUAAGUCCGAAGAUGAUGAUACCAAUCAGUAUUUCUUGAGUGACAUGUCAGCACUUGAUCUGCCCCUUUCGCAGUUCAUGUCGAGCUUGCGGGAUGUCGUCUCUGAGGAAAUCUCUCCUCUGGAUGAAUUGGUGUUGCAUGUAGACGGGCUUGGUCUAGAGUUCUCAGAGUCUACUGCAAAUGAUUUCCUCACCAAGUACACUUUCGGGGAUGUGCUUCGUCUUUAUGAAAGACUUGUCAAAAAUGAUGCAGCCGAAUCUUCUCCAGACCUGUACACCUUUCUGAUGGUGAAACCCAACUGCAAUCAGCGCCUCGUGGCGCUUUUGGAUAGCGCAAACGCAGGUAGAGGUCUUUCUGAGAUUGCUGUUUAUCGAGAAUCGACGCCCUUUGAGGACGAGCUUGAGGACGAGCUUGAAAGCGAAUCAGCGAGUCAGCAUCCAGACAUUUCACUAAAUGGUGAAGGUGUUGAUGAAGUAUAUCAUCUCCUAGAAGGUGUUGACGAAGGAGCCGACGAGGAAGCCGACGAGGAAGCCGGUGAGGAAGCCGAUGAGGAAGCCGAUGAGAAUGCCGCUGAGAAUGCCGAUGCAUUCGACACGACCACGGGGGCCAACAACACUGCAGGAACAGAUCAUCACCGAUCGCACACUUCGGUAGAGGAUGCUCCAGCGGAUGCAGACACAUUCCAAGGUGAAGCCGCACAACUAGACGGGAACACCAAGGGUGGCGGAGAUAACCCACAUGCGGAUGACCUGAUUGACUUUUCUGAUGAAGAACUCGAUAUACCUUCAUCCACACAGGGUAACUCUCCCUUCUCAUUUGUGUCCGUACCCCCUUUUGUUCGCGACUGGGAGAGCGGCUGUCAAUGCGAAGACUGUUUUGAGACUAUGCUCGAGCUGGUUGAUGGAAGUUGGCAAAGGAGUAGUGAAAGACCAGACUUGUCCGAUGGUGCUGUCGAGACCCAUCUGUCUCACCAAGUCAACUUCCGGACAGAAACUCCCCCACAUCUCGACGCAUUAAGGACAGGCGCUCGCAUCAUACUUCCUACCCGCCAUAUCGCAUCGGGUCCCCAACACCUUGAAACCACAAGUGCAUACACUAACACUCAUGUUCUUCAAGAUCAACCGGCCAACGAGUCGUUGCAAAACCACGCCCUCACUGUUCAGGAACCGCAAAAUGGGCCUGACACUACCGAGGCUUGUAACAUGAACCAACAGGCACCCCCGGCCAUGGCAGGCACGGUAGCUGGCGACUUUCUCAACUCAGACAACACCAGCGCCACGGCCACACUGAAUGGCGACGACCAGGACGAAAUUGACUACUCAGACGACGAUGAGGCAAAUGGCGGUACGAACGACGCCAGUCCAUCGAAGCACGGCUCUGGCGCUUCUGGAUCCUUGAAGUUGCCCGUUGAUGAUGAGAUCACUUGGGAGUCCGAAAACGAGGACGCUAAGAAGGAAAGCAUGACCACUUCCAAGCAGACGGUACAAGUGUCACCCUCAUCUGCAACGUUUGGCAAGCGGACCCGGGACGAUGCGGACGGGUCGGAUGGCGCAGGUGAAGAGAACGCGUCGUCGGUCUUGAUCCUUGCGACCUGGCCAUCAACCCCCAAUUCCUCUCAACCUCCCAGCCUUCCCCCAAAGACUUGCAGCGCAAGUCGUUACACCCGUAUUUCGCUGAUGUCGAACUUGCAGCGCCUGCGGUCACUCAAGUUCGAGCUCUUCGUCAAAGUGCCGGUCAUAGAGUUCGGAAAAUGGUCACCGACUCCAGAAUUUCCAAAACGGUAUAUCGGAUUGGCGUUGGCCAUAUCGUCAAGUUUGGCCAUUGGCACGAGUUUUGUCAUCACAAAAAAGGGUUUAAUACAAUCAGAGGAGAAACAUGGUUUCUCUGGCGAUGGUUUCGUAUACCUGAAGAACCCAAUAUGGUGGGCAGGAAUCGUGACCAUGAUUGUGGGAGAGAUUUGCAACUUCGCAGCAUAUGCCUUCGCCCCAGCCAUUCUGGUAACGCCAUUAGGCGCCCUUUCAGUCCUGAUAGGGGCUGUUUUGGGCUCGUACUUCUUGAAAGAAGAGCUAGGGACAUUGGGGAGACUGGGCUGCGCCAUCUGCUUGUUGGGAGCCAUCAUUAUCGUGCUUCAUGCCCCCCCAGAUGAGGACAUCACGAAUCUCGACCAGAUCUUGCAUUAUGCCAUCCAACCAGGCUUCCUGUUCUACUGCGCGGCCGUAGCAGUGUUCGCGAGCGUCAUGAUCUACAGGAUCGCUCCAGUGCACGGGAAGAAGAACCCUUUGAUCUAUCUCUCGAUCUGCUCGACCGUCGGCUCCGUGUCGGUCAUGUCUGUCAAGGCGUUCGGCAUUGCGUUGAAACUCACCUUCAACGGCAACAACCAGUUCACUCACCCUUCGACCUACGUCUUCAUGAUCACGACGGCGGUCUGCAUUCUAACCCAGAUGAACUACUUCAAUAAGGCAUUGAGUCAAUUCAGCACGCAAAUUGUGAACCCCCUCUACUACGUUACCUUUACCACAGCUACGCUCUGCGCCUCGUUCAUCCUCUUCUCCGGAUUCAACACUACAGAUGUGACCAACACCCUUUCGCUGUUGUGCGGCUUCCUUGUGACGUUCACCGGUGUCUACCUGCUAAACCUUUCACGACGGGAUCCUCAUGGAACCAAGAUGCUGGCUGGACAGGCUACCGAUGUCGGAGGGACGGACAUGAUCUCGAGCAUUCAGACGCGACUCAGUAUGCAAGCUCGGAGAAGCACGGAUCGCCGGUUAAGCGAGGGAAGUAGGGGCCACACCGAUAGAGACGGAUUGAUGCGUGCAUACGAUGAAGAACAAGCGUCGGGUGGGUUUGGAUUGACCGACCUCGCGGAAGACAGCGAUGACGAGUCAUCAAGACGGCCACGCGCCAAUGGACACCAACGGAAGGAAUACGAAUCCAUCGAGAUGGACAACCGCAAAUCGUCAGAGCGAUGA